GAAAACGAUCAAGUCCAGCCCACUCCUGUUCAGUAUGUGGCCUGCCCGUGUGUCUCAACUCUGAUCAGAAUGCGUUUCACUCCCCACAUGCUGCACCAUACUAUUCAUCUCCAGCCCUCUUAACUGUGGGCUUUGGAAAGCUUAAGCAGAGACUGGGGAUCAGAGUUGCUUUCUUCUGCCCUCUAGUGGAGCAAAUAGUGGUGGGAUGCUACAUGAGGUCACUGGAAAACAAGGAAUAAAUUAUACCAAGUUGGCUAAUGGACACAUCAAGGAAAGAAAAUAGCUCUUUGACCUUGAGCAACUUCAGAAGAAUGCCCAGCCAAAGGACUUUUGGGAAGUAAUUAAGAACUGAAAGAUUUAGACUUUCUAUCAAAAACAAAAAAAAAUGAAUGGGACUUCCUCAAACUCUGCAUGUUCGUCCAACUUUUAUGCUGAUUACCAUAACAAAUGUGUCAUUUUGUACCACUAUAAUUACAUAGGAAAACUAAAACAGGACAAAUACAAGGAUGGCCUUAAACCAGAAGCUAUUGCAUUCAUUCUGAUUUGCUUGCUUAUUGUUGUGGAAAACACAAUUGUGCUAGUGGCCAUAUGGAAGAACAAGAAGUUCCACCUGCCCAUGUAUUACUUACUAGGCAACCUGACUUUGUCGGAUCUGCUGGCCGGAUUUACAUACAUGGUCAAUAUUAUCAUGUCAGGAAGCAAAACUCUUAAUUUGACCCCUCUGUUUUGGUUUCUGAGGGAGGGUGGGGUCUUCAUCACACUCGCCGCAUCAGUCAUCAGCCUUUUGGCCAUUGCCAUUGAGCGUCACAUCACCAUGGUAAAGAUGAAGCCAUAUCAUGGCACCAAACGCAACCGCAUGUUUGCCUUGAUUGGUGCCAGCUGGGCGCUGGCUGUGUUGCUCGGUGUGCUGCCCAUCAUAGGCUGGAAUUGCAUGUGUAACCUAGAAAUUUGCUCCACUGUGCUUCCACUUUAUGCCAAGAGCUAUGUCCUGUUCUGCGUCAGUGUCUUCAGUGCCAUCCUGCUAGCCAUUGUUGUGCUAUACGGGCGCAUCUUUCACACAGUCAAGAGAAAUACAAAAAGGUUGGGCAGCAUACGGCGCAAGGGCUUGGCACGUCGCUCACAAAAGUACAUGGCCCUUCUAAGGACAGUUACCAUCGUCUUGGGGGUUUUUAUCGCCUGUUGGCUGCCACUCUUUCUGCUCUUACUACUGGACUUUGUAUGCCAAACUGGUAAGUGUUCCAUCUUGUUCAAGGCAGACUACUUUCUUGGGGUGGCCAUGAUCAACUCGCUGAUCAACCCUAUUAUAUACACGCUGACAAGCAAGGACAUGCGCAAGGCCAUUAUUAAACUGCUCUGUCGUCGCUGCCUGAUUAACGAAGAUGGUCAGGUCAAGAAGAUCGGAGUACCCUUCCUGGAGUGCAGCCUAAGCAAAACUGAAACAGCUGUUCAUCGUGGCUUCGAGACCACCAUCUCCUCUGGGAAUGGCACAUCCUCCCCGAUUCGAAUCAACCCCCCAAAAAUCAAAGCUGUUAAACUGUGAAAACGAAUUGCAUUACCUGGUGCUGGCACAUGGCUCCAAUGCAUCGGAGAUUGCCUGAAGCUACUAGCACCCUUUGAGAAUGAAACAGACACUUCAGGGCUUCCAGGACAAGCAGUCACAGGCAAAACAGGAGUUCUGAUAAGUUUCCUGCUUACAGUAGGUCUUUUGAUAGAAGUCAAAAGACAAACCGCGUGAGAAUCUGCAGUCAAUCCAAGACAAAAAAGUUGGAGCAUGCCCGAGUUCACAGAAAGACAUUGUGUUCCCUAUGGGACUAAAAUAUGAACUUGGCAUCAGACCUAUGGAGUCCUGGAUCAAAAGUGGUGCUUAAAUUGUCAAUCAGGUAUGCCAGAUGUUGGUUAUAAAUCAGAACAAACGGCGAAUUGUAAUCACCUGAAGAUGGCACAUAACGAGUGACCUGAAUUAUUAACAUGAUCAUCAUAAAAUGUGACUGCUAUACUGUACACACACUGUGGCUUUAAAUCUGUAUCGAGGUUUCGAAAGUUUGCAUAACUCGAUUGAAAAGACCUACUUUAUACAAAGAGAAAAGUCAGCAGGUAGGCAGUAGGCGGUGUGUGAUUUAUGAGUUGAGCCAAAUACAGGAAAUUCGGUGGAAAAUUGAAGCUUAUAAAACGAAGCUAAAGGGAUUUGUUGAAAACAGCCUUCUUUUGUAAGCACUUGUAAAUAACCUUGCAUAACAAUAUUACUUUUUUACUUUUUUAAGUUAUUGCAUUAUUUUUGCGAGGUCCAGCAUUUCAGUAGUCAGAGAUCUUUCAGUCGUGUAGAAGCUAUACUCAGCUAAAUUGACUUUAUCCAGGAGGGUCUGAUUGUAACAAUAAUACAGGCUUUUUCUUUUUCUCAAAAAAAGCCUUAAAAGUCUGUGCAAGUUAGCAUUCAGAUCAACAAAGCAUUCAAAGCUUAAAGAAUGAAUUCUUUAAGUAUUCUAUGUUUAAAGUAUACUUGCCACACCUUUAUAAUUCAUGCACAUGUAAAUAUUCUUAAUGUCACUGAUGACCAAAAUGACCACUUUGUGUGCUGAAUGUAUUUCACUUCAACUUCAAGAUAUAAGUCAAUGUGUACUGUUGUCUUGUUGUUACGGUGUCUAUUGUAUGUAUAAUUGUAGAGAAUGUUUAUUUUUUACUAUCUAAAUGAUCUUAAAUUAUGUGCCUUUUUUGCAUUAUGCCUAAAAGAAUAAAUACAAUGUGACCAGAA